AUGCCAUUCUUGAAAAGUUUCAAAGCGAUUUCCUGUUUAUCAAUAUCGGAUCUGCAUCUUCCAAAUCGAGAUUCAGUGCAAACUCUUCUCGGUGGCGAGACCUAUCAUUCGAGUAUGGGAACGCAAGGACAAAGUGAUCGUUUAGCGAUUGCAGGCAUUCAGGCACAGCUGGGAAAUCACUUUUUACCCGCCGUCAAGAAUGUGGCCAUAAGUGGAAACGAACUGCUUCGAGCGUUUCAAGGUCUCCAAAAAGCGACCGAAAACUAUUGUGGCACAUUGGGAGCUUUUGCUCGUUCUGCUAAAGGAGCUUCUCCAGAAGCCGAAAAAUAUGGGAAAAAUCUUUUGGAAAUCAGUAAACAAUUCAAAGAAGUUAUGCAACAUCAUGAAAGAAGUGUGAACAAAUUUCACGAGUUUGUGAUCAAAACAAACAAAUUUUCCACAGAAGAAAAGGACAAGCAAAAGGAUCUUUUUGGGAGUUUUCAAAAAAUGGAAAAGACUUUGCAGAAGAACAAGAACCAAGAGAAGCUGGACAGUUUCUAUGCUGAGCAGAAAGGUACACACGUGCGACAGCAGGAGAUGAGAUACAAGUUUUUCAUGGACAAGCAUGAGGAAUGGUUUCAGACAUAUGUUGACUUGAUUGAAUAUUGUCAAGAAGUCGCUAACAAAGAAGAUGAAAGAUCAAAAGAAGUUGAGCAACCAAAGGCUGUGAUUGCUGCAGUAACUGCUGAGGUUGUUGAAGAAGCACCGAAAGCGAACGGACAUAAAGAAAGCGAAAGCAACAAAACAAGCACACGAAGCAGCAGUGCAAGUAGCAUAGAAGGAGUGAGGACAAGGGUUUCGACUCAGGACGAUCCAAACUCGAUCUCCUUGAUCAGUGAGAAACAACGGAAAUCAGUUCUUGUGGAGCCUAAAACAGCCGCACACACUCUCAGUUCUACCGAUCAAUCAAGAGCCCAAUCCUUUGUGGCUCCGUCACAACAGAAUCAACCAAUCUAUCAAAAUCAACAAAAUCCUCUAGCUGAAAUCGCUCAAGAAAAUGUUGUCUUCACUCAGUCAAGGGAUUGGGAACUGAACCCGCCUCCACCAAUCGAGUAUCGUGCCCGUGAUCCAUCUCCUGUUCGAACUCGACCAGCUCUGCAACCUUUGCAAACUUAUGCUCCACCAGCUCCCGAGCCAGUGCCACAAAGAGCUCCACCAAAGUUCGGUUAUCAAGUUUUUCCGCCAAUGACCACUCCCGUUUAUGCAGCCGCACCAGCUACAAAACCUACACCAGCUCCAAGACCCGCGAUUGUUCCAACUAUGUUCUCUGCUCAUGAUUAUGGGAUGAGCUUGGAAGUGAAUGAGGAUUUUAAUGCAAAUGGGCAAGAUCAACUGACCGUGAAUCGAGGCGAUCGAGUGAUUUUGAUCAAGUCGGGGAAUAGAGGAUGGAUCUUUAUCAAGGAGCAAGCAACAAAUCGAACCGGAUGGAUCCCAGCGCAGUUCGCAUCGAAAAUA